AUGGUUGUCCUGUUGCUGGUGCUGCCACUGGGCCUGGCCAUCUUUCUCCUGGGGCUCUUUGUCUGGACCAUCUUUAAGCAUUUCCUCACCACAGAGGUCCCCUCUGCCUUGCAACAUCCUGUCAAGUUCAGAAUUCUGGACUGCGUAUUUAUCUAUGUGAUGACUUUGGGGAACAUACUAGAGAAGCUGAGGAUUUGCUCCAUGCCCAGCAUUGCCCAAUUUGUCCUUGACAGACUUUUCGUAAAGAAAAACGACCCUAAAGUGGUGGUGACUGACCUGCGCUUUGGAACAAUCCCUGUGAGGCUGUUUCAGCCCAAGGCGACAGCGUGCAGCUCCCGGGGAGGCAUCAUCUUCUACCACGGGGGAGCCGCGCUGUUGGGUAGCCUGGAUUCUUACCACAAUGUGUGCGUUUUCCUUGCCCUGGAGACAGAUUCUGUGCUGUUGGCAGUGGGGUACCGCAAGCUUCCUAACUACCAUUACCCCGUCAUUACCAGUGACUGUCUGAAUGCCUCCAUCCACUUCCUGAAGACCCUGAAAACCUAUGGUGUGGACCCUUCCCGGGUUGUGGUCUGUGGGGAAAGUGCCGGAGGAGGGAUUGUGGCCCAGGUCACCCAGGCCUUGGUGGGCCAGAAAGAUCUUCCCCAGAUUCGGGCACAGGUCCUGAUUUAUCCAUCUGUCCAGUGUAUCAAUUUCCAGUUACCAUCUUUUCAGCAGAACCAAAAUGUCCCAUUCCUCACCCGGGACUUGAUGUUGAUGUGCCUUUGUAAAUACGCGGCCAUUGACCUCUCCUGGAGAGAUGCCAUGGUGAAAGGUGCUUGUGUACCCCCAGACACCUGGAUGAGGUACAGGAAAUGGCUCAGCUCUGACAACAUACCACAGAGUUUCAAGAAUAGAUUCCAGGAACCCCAGUUUCCUGGGCCUUUUAAUGAGGCUGCUUAUUUGGAAACCAAACUUCUGUUAGAUGUAGCAAAUGCACCCCUCUUAGCAGAUGAUGAAAUAAUCGCUCAGCUUCCUGAGGCCUUCCUGGUGAGCUGUGGGAGUGAUAUCCUCCGUGAUGACACCCUGCUCUACAAGAAGCGCUUGGAAGACCAGGGGGUCCCAGUGAGCUGGUACCAUGUGGAAGACGGCUUUCAUGGGUGCAUACUUUUAUUUGAUAGGAAGCCUUUCUCUUUCUCUUGCUCUGUAAACAUUUUAAAUGCUGUAGUCAGGUACAUAAAGAGCAUAUGUCAGUAA